AUGCGAGCCGGUUCAUCAGCAGCAGCCGUGGAGCGUCCUGUUGACUCACCAUUACCACCGUUAAUCAGUUCAGACCUAAAUAUCACAACAAUAACAUCACCGCUAAUUGGAGCUGGCUCAACAAUUGCGAGACAUUUAAAGCCAGCUGAUUUUCCUACAUUCACUGGGAAAGAAAGCGAAGAUAUCGAUGAAUGGAUCGCACAAGUAUCCGCCAUAAAAGAGUACAGUGCCACGAACGAUUCCGAAAUCCUCACAGUCCUUCCACUGGUCCUGCGAGAUACUGCAUUAAGAUGGUUUACAAAUUUAGGCGAGACAAGACGCACUACUCUUAGAUCAUGGGGAAUUUGGCAGCACGCCUUACGACAAGCGUUUCGGCCGCCAAAUUAUCAAACAAAAACACUUCGAAAGCUAAAAUAUCGGGUGCUCACUGCCGAAGAAUCGGUGACGGACUAUUUCUACGACAAAUGCCGUCUUCUGCGAGCGGUAUUUGGUGAUGAUGUCAACGAUCAUACAAUGGUAUCUGAUAUAGUCGAUGGUCUACCGAGUGAUCUUAAAAUGUUUGUUCUCACUCGUGUCACACCAAAAACAAGUGUGGAAGAACUUCGUCGUAUUCUCAUCGACUUCGACUCGGUUAUGAGAGAAAGCGUUGGUGAUAAUAUUCAGGUUGAGAACCAGAAACCAGCACAUAAGCUCAAAGAGGAUCAUCCACAAUCCCGACCUCGAGAUCAAAACAGAUUCAACACAAUUCCUCCUACUCCAUGUCCCAUAUGCCGUGGAUCACAUUGGAAAAACGAAUGUCCGCAUAGGAAGAAGGUGGAUGCCACGUGA